AUGCCCGUGCCGGCGUCUCAGGACGGUCGACACCAAGCCCAGGAGCCAUCCGCGCCCCCAAGAAUCAUUGAGCGCAGAGCUUCCCAGCCCAGUGCCCGCGGUGGCCCAAACUUUUCGACAGAUGCGCAAAUUCAAGAUGCGGCGGCCCAGGCUUUGACAACCGCCGUUAUGCCCAGGAGACAUGUCAUCUUUCCUGACCCGGUAGCUUUUCGAUUCCUCCAAAACGAGCCCCAUGUCUCUGUCGUUGAACGGCAAACUUUCCUCUCCGGCUACGAGCUCUACCUGGUUGAACAGUGGACAUGCUCUCGGAAAUCGCCUACGCUGGUAGUAGUGACGCAUACCGGCGACAAUAAAGAUCGGAUUUCUGCUGGUAUUCUUGCCAUACCUGACGACAAUACACUCUGGUCGACAAGGUUGCAACUGUAUUUCAAGGCCGCCAACCAGUACCAUGCACGUCCCAAGGAGACUGGCAUGGGCCAGCUGCUAGUCACCAACCUCAGCAACUUUCCUUCCUCCCUGACUGUGAUACCAGUCCCGGAUGGCGAUAUUCGAAGACAUCGACAAACAUUCAUUGUCAAUGAAAACUUGAAACGUCUGGGCUGUGCCGGUCGGUCGGGUCUCACUCUGACUGAACCAACUGAGGCGACGCGAUCAAAAUUUUACCAGCUAUACAAGACAUCUGAACGCAUCCCUUUUAUGCAGUCUGUGACAGACUUAGUCAAGCUCUGCCAGGUCGCGCUAUACAUGUUUCAUAAAUUGGAGCCGGAAUAUAUUGACGGUCUCCUUUGUGACGUCACAGAAGCCGCAAUCGGCGACUGGUGGACGGAGAUUGGCGCUGAGCACUACAAUUAUGAGCCAUCCGAUGGUAUUCUUGGGCCCACGACUGUUGCUGCGCUGCUUGGUAUGCUCAUGGGUGCCAGAAAUCGUCUCAGCUGGCUGGGCGCACCAGUGUCCAAAGAUGUAUUCGACCUGGAAAGCACAAAACGCGGCAUUUCAUACUUUCAGAAAGCGCAAAAACUUGAUAGGACUCGACGGUUGGAUAGACAGACCUUAUUCCGUCUCCAUAACUCUACUGCGAAAGCCGCCGCCGGUGAAGCGUGGGGUGUUCAGAGAGCUGUCAAUUCUACAGUAACCGGGAUUGGUGGCAAGAGGGGCGAAAUUGUCAUGGACAUGGUUUCUGGCAAGGACAAGGGUGGUCUUGCCGACGUAGAAACGCUGGACCUGGACAGAUUUAUCAAACUUGCCUAUGGCGAGCAUGUAAAAUGGCUCUGGCAUGGCAAGCAACGCAGAGCUCCAUUUGGCUCGCGAGAUUUGGAUCAUGAGCUUGGUGGUCUCUUGCUCGGGCGAAAUGACUUGUCCAAUCCUGUUUCACGCAUAGCUACUGCGCCAAAAGCAGACGACGAAGCCGUUUUCAGAGGCUCCGAGGAUCUCCAGGCUAUGCCACCGAGUAGGAUAGGCACAGGUGCUACCUACGACAGCAAUGGCGAUCGAGACGGUAGCCGCAGGGCUGUGUUCAAGAGCGUGGCUGGAAACGCCAAGUCUGGUCUGGGUCGUAUCAAAGAUGCCGUGGGAGGUAACCGAAGAGGGCAUGGGCGAUGGCCAUCGAAUUUCAAUAGAGACGACUUACCUGAAACUUUACAGGGUCUGCAUAUGGGCAUGGACACUGCGCGCAGUUCCGGCAUCGUCACUGGUCCCGCCACAGUAGGUAGAGCUUUCACUUGGAAGGAAAAGCCGGAAGAAUACCUAGCAGCACUUCGCCGCGGAGAUCCAGAUGCGCUUCGAGGGUUGCAGGGCAACGUGACGGAGCCUGCUUCUGCAGAUGCAGCAUUUUAUCGCGGCAGCAUUCAGCCAGGCGAUGUGUUUCGAGGUUCGGACACUGAUCACCUUGAAGUUAUUGGCGCAGAGGUUCGUGACGAGGUGCUAUCUCGAGCACCGUCAGCUGUGCGGCCAACGAUCGACGAAGCAGACUUUGAAGGGCCGUUAUUGGAAUCAGAACGCACGGGCGACCAAAGGUACCUGAGGCUGUGCCGUCGACAUAGCUCACCCAGUCACGCCACGGAGGCUAAUCUUGCUCUGAACGAGGACCGCUUUCCCAGAAGGUUGUCCUUUUCCGAUGCAGAGGAGGCGAUACUUGGCUGGGAAGACAUCCUUCCUAUCAGCGACUCCACCGCUGACGAUGUCGGUGCUACAGCCGCGCAGACCGAGAUUCUUGCGCAGCUCGCCCGGCAAGUCGAUCUGAUGAUCAACAGCGUGGGGCCUUGGGUCGGCGAAAAGAUCAAGCUCGUAGAGGCCCUCGACGAGCGCUACGGCAAGGACUUGGCGGAGCUACAGGCGCACUAUCGUCAACUCAACGAAGCGUGCGAGCGCGUGCGCAUGGACUCGGAGGGCAUGAUCGCCGAUGAACGGCAGAGUCUCCAGCUCAGCAUCAAGGAGCUGGAGACGAUGGUGGCUCAGCUCGAGUACGAGAUUAAUGCGCUCAUGUUCAAGGUGAAUGAGGUGGAGGAGGGUAUCGUCUUCUUUGAGCGGCAGGUGGUGGAUGUGGAAAGCCGCGCGAAUGAGCUCAAGACGCAGCUCGAGACGGAGAGCUGGCUGCACUGGUUCGUGAGGACGCUGACGGGUGUGGGAACGGGGCCCAACAUUACUCGUUCCCUGUAG